CAAUAAUAUUAUUUAUUUAUUUCACUAUAUAUCAUACAAAACUUCAAUUCCUUCUUUUCUACCUCUCUUUCUCUCUCUCUCUCAUCACAAAAACUAUAGUCAUGGAAGAUUUCAGCGAUGAAGAAUGCAACACAGGUUUAUAUCUUGGAUUAGGAAUCAAAAAGGAGAAGAAGAAACCGAAAUUGAUGAAUAAACCUUGUUUUGACCUAGCUUUUGAGCUUUGUCCUAAAAGUGAAGCCAUCAAAGUUCACAAUUCUCAUAACAACAAUAACAAUAACAACAGUGAGAGAUUCAGUUUGGAGUAUUAUCCCAAUGCAACAACAUGCAGCACCGAUUCCGAUAACAACAACAACAACACCGAUCGGCGAAAGAAACUCCGGCUCACAAAGGAACAAUCAGCCAUGCUUGAAAACACCUUCAAGCUCCAUAACACUCUUAAUCCGGUGCAGAAGAAAACACUAGCUGACCAAUUGAAAUUAAAGACUAGACAAAUUGAAGUUUGGUUUCAGAAUAGGAGAGCGAGGACGAAGCUGAAGCAGACAGAGAUAGAUUAUGAGUUGUUGAAGAAGCAAUGUCAAAAUCUAAGUGAUGAGAAUAAAAGAUUGAAGAAAGAGUUACAAGAAUUGAAAGUAAGACAAUCUCCAUUAUGCCCUCAACGAUUAUCAAAACCUGUUUGUUCUUCCUGCGACCAGAAACUGUUGAAGCGCAAUGAAGACAACAACAACAAUUAAUUAAUUAAUAUAUUAAACGUUAAUUUUUUCAUUUGCAUAAUCUUAGAUUAUUAUAUGAAAAAAAAUUAGAAAUUAGAUAUUUUCUAGAAAAUAAUUUCAAAAGAAAAAAACACGUGUAUUCAAAAGUCUUAUAUUAGGUGUUUCUUAGACACGUGUAUUUUGAUUAAUUAUUUUAUUAUUA